CUUUGGCUUGAAGUCCUGACGGUCUUUAUUCCGCUUUCCCCUCUAUGCUGAUCUCGUGGGUCCUGUAUGUCCUUCGGAGGAUGGGCACUCCUGAAGCUCUGGUUGCUUUCUGUGGGUCUUUGUUUUCGAAGACCUCUGUUACCCUCUUUGAGAGAACGUUCAUUAAGUUGGCUGUUGCACGCGGGGUCCGACAAGGUGAUCUCAGUUCGAUGUCAUGGUUUAUCUUAGCAGCCGAACCGACCCUGGCCAGGUUAGAGUGGAAGCUCCCAUGUCAUGUUGCAUUAUCGCUCGCGUAUGCAGAUGGCUUUGGGCUUCUGUGCCUCUUUGACGGCACCGGCCCGCUCUUUACUUGCGUGAUGUGCCUGAAGGACUCCAUCGGCCUCGCUCUGACUUUCCCGAACUGUCAGGCGCUUGUUGUGUAUGCCAAGCUGCUGUUGCAGCCCCUGUAGGAUUUCCUCGUGGACCUCGGUGCCCCCUUCUCUCUAUGAGAGGUUGCUCGUCGGCUGAAGUAUCUGGGGACAUAGAUAGGAGAAGGAGCUGACCUAUGUAUCUGUGAA